AUGGCUGAUCCGCCACCAGCUAAUGCCGGCAACGUAGCAACACGCCUCAUCGAGGGCGAGGAUGUGGACGCAGAGUGGCUUAGACUUGUGCGCACGAAUCACGACGUCAACGUCCGCGUACAAGAAAAGGUUGCGCUCGAUGGCUUGCCGUCCGAAUGUUGUCUGCUCGCCGUCAGCAACUCCAAGAGCCUCUUGUUUGCUGGUGGCAACAGCGAUGUUCGUGUUCAUCGCCUCGACCAGAUCCACGAGCUGUUCGAGAAGACCGCAAAGGAUGCGCAGUCAACCUCUACGCCUGUAGCCAUCAUCCCGAUGCCUGCGCGCCCCAUCUGGGUCCGUCUCGCGUUUGGCGACGAGCGUCUCGUCGUUGCCACCGCAGCGGGCGUGCUCCUUUUUAAAACCUCCAAUCUCGUUACCGGAAAUACCAAUCCCUAUGCCACCAUCACCAGCGGCAUCCCAGACACGCUGCUCGACGUCGUCCCUAAUCCCGCAGCGCCGUCCGAACCGCAGGCCAAGUACGUGACGCUCCUCGCGUCGCAGGGCUUCGUGUUCCUCGACACCGAGGCUGCUAUGCCUUCCGCCCCGCUCGCAGGUGCGUUCACCGCCGCCUCGUGGUCCGCAAAGGGCAAGCAGAUGGUCGUCGGCACGCGCGACGGCAAGCUCGUCCAGUACACCCCCGAGGGGGAGCCAAAGGCCGAGAUCCCACCACCGCCCGACCUCGAGGCGGGGCACUACCCGUCCUUUGUGCAAUGGCUCGAGAACCACCUUUUCCUCGCCGGCUACGGGGACGGCGACGACCUCGCGAUCUACGCGAUCCACCGCACCCCCGCCGGGAUCACAUACACCAAAUUCUACGACGUCAACGACACGAUGGGCUUCUCCGGCCGCUCAGGCCAGCACAGGCACUACGUCGGCCUCAAGGACUGGGGAGACUCGAAGCACCUCGCUUUCCUCCUCUCGGCCAUUGCCUCCGAGGUCGGUGUCCUGCGCGGCCACCCGGCCGACAAGACCACGCCAACCUGGGAGGCGGUCAUGCUUGACGAGACCGCGCGCGCCAUCAUGCCCGCAGCCAAGGCGGGUUCGGACGACACAAGUCCCAUUGGUCUCUCUCUGGAUCUUACGAGCACAAAACCCAUCGUUCGCGGCAUCGUUGGUGGCGUGGAACUCCCCGACCUUGCGCCUGUGCCGAGGCUGAUUGCGUACUCGCAGGAAGGGUUCGUCAUGUCCUUCGACGUGCAGAACCCCGACGCAGGCGCUUAUCCUGGCAUGGUUACGCCGUCUGCGGCCACCACGCACCAGCCCACCACGGCAGCUCCUGGAAGCAAGACCGCGUUCGGUUUCGGCGGCUCAGGUUCGGGAUCUGCGUUCGGCCAGAGAGCCUUCGGCCAGACGGAGCAGACCACCAAGCCUGCGAGCGGGUUCGGUACCUCGGGCUUUGGGCAGCCCUCGACCCCGAACAAGACAGCCAGCCCGUUUGGCCAGACCUCAACUCCCACCAGCGCCUUCGGACAGUCCUCGACCCCCUCCGCCUUCGGCCAGUCUGCGUUCGGACAGGCCGCCAAGCCCACCGCGUUCGGGCAAUCGGCCUUCGGAUCGACAACGCCCUCCACGGCACCCGCGAACUCCGCAUUCGGGCAGAGUGGCUUCGGCUCUUCCUCGAGCUCUGCGUUCGGAGAGAGCUCGUUCGGCCAGCCGAGCAAGGGAUUCGGCGCCAAGGACGACAACAAGAAGGAGCCGGAGAAGAAGCCCGCGUUUGCUGGCUUUGGUUCUGGAGUCUCUGGUGGAUCUGCGUUCGGCCAGAGCGCGUUUGGUCAGAAGGACAGCGCAGGCGCGUUCGGACAGAACGCAUUUGGCCAGCCCGCCACACCCAAAGAGAAGGAGGAGACCAAGUCCGCGUUCACCACCACUCCCUUGUCGACCCCCGCCGGGCCAGCUUUCGGCUCCACUACCCCCUCUUCGUCGCCCGCCAAGUCCGCGUUUGGCGGCCCUGCGUUCGGACAGAGCACGUUUGGGCAGAAUGAGGGCUCUGCAUUCGGACAACCCGCGUUCGGCCAGUCCUCGACGCCUGCAGGUAAGUCCUCAUUCGCCGGCUUCGGCCAGGCCAAAGAGGAGAAGAAGGACGACAAGGUCGCCGAGCCUGAGAAGAAGUCGGCCUUCGGCGCGUUCAGCUCUCCAAGCUCAGGCUCCACGAUUGGCCAGAGCGCGUUCGGCAGUAGCGCGUUCGGCGGCAGCUCCGGUUCCGCGUUUGGUCAGAGUGCGUUCGGUAAGAAGGACGCCAAGCCAACCUUUACGGGCUUUGGCCAGAAGCCCGCUGGCUCACCCUCUGCCUUCGGCUCAGGCUCAGCGUUUGGCUCCGGUUCCGCGUUUGGCGCAGCCUCCGCAUUCGGGAUGAAGGACGAGAAGCCCGCGUUCACGGGCUUCGGCAAGCCCGCCGUUGCACCCUCGCCUUCGCCCUCGCCCUCACCCUCCCCGACGGAGAAAAAGGACGACAGCGCGUUCGGUCUUGGCGGCCUCGGGUCCAUGCUGUCCUCGGACGUUCCGGGCCUCGGCGACUCUCCCCCCUCGUCACCCAAGAACAGGCCUGGCGUUGUUCCCGGCCUCGAGUCAGACGACGACGACGAGCCCUCCAAACCUACUCCGGUUCCUGCGCCAGUGACGCCCAAGGGCACCAGCUCGUUCAUCAAGCCUGCUACCGCGUUUGGUUCCUCGACGUCAGGAAGUUUCGGCGCGUUCGGGGUGAAGAACACGUUCGGAUCGAGCGCGGCCGCCCUCUCCCCGCCCAGUGGCACACCCAACGCCCUCAGCAAGCCGGUUCCCUCCUCUGGGCCCGCGUUCGGACAGAGCACGUUCGGCAAGCCCUCGGCUCCUAGCUCAUUCGGCAAGUCCGCCUUCGGACAGAGCAGCGGCUUCGGACAGACCUCCGCGCCGGCCAAGACCAACCCCAGUCCCCCUUCCACUCCCGCAACUGGCGGCUUUGGCGCGUUCAGCGGCGGCGGAUUCGGCGGAUUCGUGUCCAAGGACGGGAAGAGCGCCUUUAGCGAGCGCAAGGAUGACAAGAGCGUGUUCGCGGACAGCAAGCCCAAGGCAUUCGAGAAGUUCGACAAGCCGUUUGGCGUCCAUUCCGACUCUGAGGACGACUUCACCGACUCCGAGGAGGAGGAAGAGACGAAGGACGGCAAGCCAGAGGAGAAGCAGGUGCAGAAGAAGGGCGACAAGCCCGUGUUCUCAUUCAGCAAGCCCGCUGAGAAGAAUGAGGACAAGCCGUCCCCUGCCACCAAGAAGGCGUUGUUCUCUAUUGACGGUGAUGAGAAGUCUCACGACGAGGUCAAGGGCUAUGACGUGCCAGAGCCUGAGUCGCAGCCCAAGACUGAGCCGCUGUUGAUCAAGGACGAACUCAAGGACAAGGAGACGCCCGAACCCGAGGCUGAGGCAAAGGUCGAGACCUCGUCCAAGGCCGCGGGCAAGAAGUUCGCACUCUCUGACGAGCCAUCGCCUGGCAAGGCCAAGGCCAGCAACCACCCAGACAUCGGCUCGCCCGAGGACCCCGAGUUAAAGAAGUUCCUCGAGGACGACUACGAAGAUGACGACGACGACUACUACGACGAGGAUGAGGACGACGACGAAUACAGUGAGGGCUCGCAUGGCGACGAUGAUCAAGACGAGCACGACGAGCAUGACGAUGAGCCGCUGCGCUCGAGACGUUCCUUCUCCUCCCUCCCUCCCGACAUGGACUCGAUCCCUGAGGGCGACGAGACCGAGGACGAGGAGGAGGAGACCUCUCCGAAACGCGCCACGUCGCCGACGUGGUUCGCCAGUUCCUCUACGCCCAAGUCACCUUCGCUUCUCAGCCGGAUGGGACCGCCUCCAACCCAGACCACGCCACCGCGUCUGCCCGCUUUCGCACUCAAGCACGCGCCCAAGACCAGCUCACCCUUAGCCGCGCCUGUGAUCGCCGACGACGACUCGACUGGCGCGCUCAGCGAGAAGGAUGAGAACGACAAGACGGACGACGAGAACGCCUCACCAGCGGCGCACAGAACGAAAUUCAGUGGCGUCGGCCUCGGUCUGGCAUCCGCGCACCCCUUCUCCUUCCACCAGAACGACAAGAAAGACAACAAGGACGAGAAGAGCGAGAAGCUCUCGUUGCCCAAGACCACAGCCGCACCGGGCGAAUGGACCUGCGACACGUGUAUGCUCAAGAACCCGGCCAGCGCUACGGAGAAGUGCACCGUCUGCGAAGCCCCCAAGCCCGGUGCUGCACCCAAGGCUGCCAGUCCCGGCGCGCCUCCUGCCCCGCCUGCAGGUGGGUUCAGCUUCGGUGCGAAGCCCGCUCCGGCUGGCGAGUGGACCUGCGACACGUGCAUGCUCAAGAACCCGGCCAGCGCUACGGAGAAGUGCACCGUAUGCGAAGCCCCCAAGCCCGGCGCUGCACCCAAGGCUGCCAGUCCCGGCGCGCCUCCUGCCCCGCCUGCAGGUGGGUUCAGCUUUGGCGCGAAGCCCGCGCCGGCUGGCGAGUGGACCUGCGACACGUGCAUGCUCAAGAACCCGGCCAGCGCUACGGAGAAGUGCACCGUCUGCGAGGCCCCCAAGCCCGGCGCUACACCCAAGGCUGCCUCGCCGGGCGUACCUCCCGCACCACCCGCUGGCGGAUUCAGCUUUGGCGCGAAGCCCGCUCCCGCUGGCGAGUGGACCUGCGACACGUGCAUGCUCAAGAACCCGGCCAGCGCUACGGAGAAGUGCACCGUCUGCGAGGCCCCCAAGCCCGGCGCUACACCCAAGGCUGCCUCGCCGGGCGUACCUCCCGCACCACCCGCUGGCGGAUUCAGCUUCGGUGGCAAGCCUCCCGCCGCGCCCUCGACCGGGUUCAGCUUUGGCGGCAAGGCGCUCUCACCCGCGACAUCCCUUGGCGCCGGGCCGACACCGCCCGCUGGAGCGUUCAGCUUUGGUGGAAAGCCCGUGGGUUCCGCAGCCUCCUCCGCCACCACCCCGCCAUCCGGCAUGCCCUCCGCCCCAACCGGCGGUUUCACCUUCGGCAAGCCUACCUCUCCCACUACUCCCACCGCGUCCCCCUCGGCUGCCGGCGUACCCGCUGCCCCGACUGGCUCGUUCUUCGGCUCGUUUGGCAAGACUCCUGCCGCGCCGGUUGUCAAGGCGUCCACUGGUGGAGCUGUGUCAGGUCAGUGGACCUGCGACACCUGCAUGCUCCAGAACCCCGACUCCGCGCAGAAGUGUACUGUCUGCGAGACGCAACGCGCGGGCAAGAAGGAGGACCAAAAGGAGGAGGCCAAGCCGAGUCUCUUCGGCAAGCCCGCAGGGCCCACACCUGCAGCUCCCCUCUUCGGCGGCUUUGGCAAGGCAGCCACACCAGCGCCGGUUGCUGCGACAACAAAGCCCUCGCUCUUCGGCCCACCCACCUCCGCGUCGACUCCCACCUCCCCGGCGCAUUUUGGCAGUGCGGGUCCGUCCUUGGCUGGGCCUGCGAAGCCAGCGCAGGGCCCCAUCGCGCCCAGUGCUACCCCGUCGCCGUUCCAACUCGGUACUAAGGCGUCCACACCUGCGCCGACCAGCGCCUUCGGCAGCCCAUUCCAGUCGCAACAGAACCUGCCUGCGCCAACCGCACAGCCCGCGAGCGCCUUCGGUGGCAAGUCACUCUUCGGGCAGGCGCAGCCUUCGGCGUUUGGCAGCGCCUUCGGCAGCAAGCCUCUGUUGGGGCAGCCUGCUCCAACAACGCCUGCCCAGCCCGCUGCGGCGAACGCUACUCAGACGACUACGCCUCCGGCCCAGCCUCUCAACCCAUCUGUCGUUCGCGCAGCGCCAGUGCAGAAGUUCAACCCACCCAUGCGUCGCCCCGUGCCCACCAGCACUGCCGCCCCGCCCAGAGCACCCAAGAGCAUGGCCGACGCGCUCGAGUGCCUUAUGGCUGACGUUGCCGGCGACCUUGGCCGCCUCAGCAGCACACUCCAGGCCAACAAGGAGCACCACGCGGCUGUUGAGGCCGCGACGUUCCCGCCUCCCGACGUUGACAACAUCACGCAGCAUGACGCGCUGCCUCUCUCAGCCUUGGACACGGUGCACGCCCUCACGACGGAGCUUGGCGAGCAACUGGCAGCGGUUAGAGCCGAGGUCCGCCAUUCUGACAUAACCCUUGCGCAAUUACAAAGCCGCAUGCUCAAGAGCGACAUGAAAACUGGCCAGGCCGAAAAGUUCCUCAAGGCCCGCAAGGACCCGUCGUUCGCUAAAGCCAUGCAGAUCAAGGAGCUGUCGCCGGCCCAGGCGGCGGGCCAGACACGCCUGCGCAAGGUUGUCAACAUGACUGCCUCGCGCCUGGAUGAACUCGAUGCAGGGAUCGCGAGUCUGAAACGGCUCGCCAACACGCGCACUUCGCCCGCACCUCAGCCGGCCCUGGAACGGAUUCAGCGAUCUGUGCGCAACGUUGACGUAGCAAUCCGCGACCGGCAGCUGACGGUCGACGACCUUUCCCGUCGUGUCAGCGCGCUCCGCGUGCGCGAGUUGUCCGAGCUUCGAUCGCGCGAGGGCUCGCCCUUCCCCUCGAGUCCGAAGUCUCAGCCUGUGCGCUCCGCUCGGGCCGUUUCGACGCCAAACAAGCCUCAACCUCGAUUGAGCACGAUCGCGCCCGGAUAUUCAUCCAAACCCGAGACAUCCGAGUCCGAAAAGGCCGCACCCGCGCCUUCGCUUGAGCCGACUGCCGCUAUGCGUGCCGCGGUUAAGGACGACGGGACGCGCCGGCGGAAUGUCGCAUGCACUCUCGCACAGGCGAGCGCGAGCAAGGGAGAGAAGGGCGAGAAGGACGGUGCGAAGACUGCACCUGUUACUCUCAUCUCACGCGCGACUCCGGCCUCGACCUCCACCAUGGCCUCCACCGCGAAGAAGGCGCCGUCACUUGUCGCGCACACGUCGAUUGCCCGCGGGCCUGUCAUGCUAGACGCCGUCCCCGUCCCUGGCUCGGUGCAGCUAAGUGCUUCUCAGCGUGGUCUAAGCUCGUCCCGGGGCGGUCUCGGCCAGUCCAAGAUCCUGAGCUCGUCCACGAGCACACCUGCGCCUAUGCCUGCCACCUCCAACUGGACAGCGACCCCUACUCCGGCUGCCGCGCCUUCAGCUCCAGCCCCAGCUCCAGCCGCUGCACUCGCGCCGUCCACGCCCGGCCCUGCCGCACCCACGCCAUCGACACCGGCCUCGGCCCCGCCAGCGUCCGGCUUCAGCGGCUUUGCUGGUAUCAAGCUCGAGCUGAGCCCGUCGACCUUCUCGACGUCGCCCUCGGACCGCGCGCCGCGCAGCUCGUUACGCUCAUCGAACAGCAAGUCGUCGCACUCGCCUGCCGCCAAACUUAGCACCACCCCUGUUAUCCCGCCCACGGGUACAGGGAACUCGGGGACGCUCUUUGGCGGCGUGGUUCCACAGAAGGAGAAGGAGGAGGGACGCAAGGCACCCUCUGGAUUCGUCAGCUUUAGCGGCUUUGGUUAA